GGAGUGGGCAUGGUGGUGGUGGGUUGGCAGUUGGACUUGAUGGUGUUAAAGGUCUUUUCCAACCUUAACAAUUCUGUUGAUCUCUGAUUGUGUGACAUGAUUUAGUUGGCGUGGUUGGUGAUGAGUUGACAGCUAGACUUGAUGAUCUUAGAGGUCUUUUCCAACCUUAAUGAUUCCGUGGUUCUGUGAUUCUCUGACAUAGUUAAUUGGCACGUUGGUAAUGAGUUGACAGUUGGACUUGAUGGUGUUAAAGGUCUUUUCCAACCUUAACAGUUCUGUGGUUCUCUGAUUCUGCGACGUGGUUUAGUUGGCGUGGUUGGUGAUGAGUUGACAGUUGGAUUUGAUGAUCUCAGAGGUCUUUUCCAACCUUAACGAUUCUGUGGUUCUGUGAUUCUAUGACAUGGUUGGUGAGCAUGGUGGUAAUGAGUUGACAGUUGGACUUGAUGAUUGCAAAGGUCUAUUCCAACCUUAACAAUUCUAUGAUUUCUUUCUUUCCUGCCUUCCUUCCCCGGCUGCUGUCUGUGAAUGCUAAUUAGGAUGGAUAAUUUCUAUUUGUUUUCUUUUUUGCUUUAACCAAAUCCCUUCUAUUAUGAUCUGUAUCAUUUAUUUCUGCGGGCCAUUAUCUCAGUGUCAUUACAGCGUUUUAGCAGCUGAAUGAAAACAUCCGAAGGAAGCCAGAAGUCGUUAGGCACAACAUUCUGUGAUAACAACCACAAUUCUCGUGAUAAAAAAAAAAAAAAGAGAGAAAAAAAUUAGAAGUGUGAUGAGUUCAGGAAUCAGCACACAUGGAGCUGUCGUCGUGAAGUGACACCGUGAUGUUUGUCCUCUGUAGUCACCAAUGGAGUUCUACAAGUGAAUGUCAGUGGGGAGGGCUGGGGGUAAAAGCUGCUUUUUGUCUCUUUACAUGGAUUUUAUGAGUUCUCUUUUUUUCUUUUUUUUUUUAAGGAGGGGAAGAUCAAUGUUUAUGAUUUUACCCAAUGUCCUGGGUAGGGAUGUGACGAAGAUGUUUCACUGAGUGACGUGGUUUAGUGGCAUGGUGGUGUUGGGUUGAUGGCUGGACUAGAUGAUUUUAGUGCUCUUUUCCAACCUGAACGAUUCUAUGGAAGGCAAGGUUUGGAUUUUUUUUUUGUGCUCUGAGCAAUGGUUGCAAAGCCGUCAGGUUGGGUAUUAGGAAAAUUUCUUCCCCAGAAGAGCAGUGAUGUGUUGGCACAGGGAGUGGGCACGAUGGGAAGGGCUGGGGUUGGAUUUGGUGAUCUCAAAGGACUUCAGCAUUCAUGAUUCUACGAUGAACAUGAAACCCUUGCAGGCAGCAAGCAGUGCUGGGUUCCUGCAAGAGAAAAGAUGAGUUACAAAAAGGAAAAGCAAGCAACUCUUGUUUUGAAACCUCUCCUUGAUGCUUUUAUUUGAAGCAAUGUAAUCCAACGGGAAAAGAAACUGAAACCAGCACUGGGUUUUCCCCUGCCAGCCCUACCUAUGCCCCUGUGUUGUAACUGCAUUUCAUCAGCUGCUGUCCUGCAGAGGAUCAGCCCUUGGGGGAUGGAUGGUGCUGAGGCUGAAGUUCAUGGUGAGCCCAGUUGUGCAGGGCUGUAGGAGCCAGGUGAAGGUUGGAUUUUUCAGCCCAGCCUUGGAUCGCGGAAUCAUUAAGGUUGGAAACGACCUCUCCAACCAUCAGCCCACCCCCACCGUGCCCACUGAGCACAUCCCUAAUAAAAGUGCUGGUGCCCCAGGGUUCAUUUCCCCGUUGCAUUUCCAGCAGCAUUGCUUCAGACCCUUACUAUACUCCAGCAUUCAGCUUCGGCGUGAUGCAGCCCACGAGCCAAACCGAUGGAAUAAAACAGCACUGCACCCCAGAAAAUCAAACGUGCAACCCAUUGCACGAAACAACAGGCGCCGCUGCCUUCCCGUGCCUCAGUUUCCCCCACCCAACGUUUCUUUCCUCCUCCUUUCGGGUUCUUUUUGCUUCCUUUACAUUCCUAACCGACCAGGACAAGCCACUCCUCCGGCGGGUGACAUCAGGCUGGAGCCCAGCGGGGCCCUGCAUGGCCGCCAUGCAGCAGGGAGUGGGGACAAGGAGGGGGACAGCAGCAGGGAGAGGGGGAACGCUGGGGAACGUGGGACGAGCUGGCUGGAAUCCCACGGCACUGCUGCGAGAGGAGGUGGCCCAGCUGCAGGAGGAGGUGCACCUGCUCCGGCAAAUGAAGGAGAUGCUAACGAAGGAGCUGGAGGAGACACAUGGCAGCAAAUCCCCCGAGGUGCUGUCGGCCACUGAGCUCAAGGUGCAGCUGGCACAGAAGGAGCAGGAGCUGGCACGGGCCAAGGAGGCUCUGCAGGCCAUGAAAGCCGACCGCAAGCGCUUGAAGGCAGAGAAAACAGACCUGGUGAGCCAAAUGCAGCAGCUCUACGCCACGCUGGAGAGCCGCGAGGAGCAGCUCCGCGACUUCAUCCGCAACUACGAGCAGCACCGGAAGGAGAGCGAGGAUGCAGUGAAAGCCCUGGCCAAGGAGAAGGACCUGCUGGAACGGGAGAAAUGGGAGCUGCGGCGGCAAGCCAAGGAAGCCACCGACCACGCCAGCGCCCUGCGCUCCCAGCUGGACCUCAAAGACAACCGAAUGAAGGAGCUGGAGGCCGAGCUGGCCAUGGCCAAGCAAUCCCUGGCCACGCUGACCAAGGACGUUCCCAAGCGCCAUUCCUUGGCCAUGCCGGGAGAGACGGUGCUGAAUGGCAACCAGGAGUGGGUGCUGCAGGCUGACCUACCACUCACUGCUGCCAUCCGACAGAGCCAGCAGACCCUGUACCACUCCCACCCCGCACACUCGGCUGACCGACAAGCAGUCCGGGUGAGCCCCUGCCACUCCAGACAGCCGUCCAUCAUCUCCGACGCGUCAGCAGCAGAAGGCGACCGAUCGUCCACGCCGAGCGACAUCAACUCGCCGCGACACCGGACGCAUUCGCUCUGCAACGGGGACAGCCCCGGACCGGUACAGAAGAACUUGCACAACCCCAUUGUACAGUCUCUGGAAGACCUCGAGGACCAAAAACGAAAAAAGAAGAAGGAGAAGAUGGGUUUUGGUUCCAUCUCACGGGUGUUCGCUCGGGGCAAGCAGCGCAAAUCCCUCGACCCAGGGCUGUUUGAUGGCACGGCCCCCGACUACUACAUCGAGGAGGACGCGGACUGGUGACCCCUCGCCCCCAACAAUGUACAGCCCCCACGUGUGCAUACCAAGUCACCAUGUAAUUUUGUCCCAACCCCCCUUCCUCGACCUCCCCCUUACAUUUCGAUUUUAUUUUUUUAAGCAUUCCAGUAACUCUUCCUUUGUCGUCACUUCUUUUUUUUUUUUUGUCGUUUGGGGGAUUUUUGUUUUGUUUUGUUUUGUUUCGUUUGUUUUAAUUCCCCAAACCCUCCUCCUUUUCGACGAAACUUGAAACUUGAAGGACUGCUGUGUGUUCUGUAAAUAACGGGAAUCUCGUGCACUUUGUGCUUGUGACGUCUCUUGUCCGAAACCGCUGUUUUUCUUGGAGCCUGUCCUGCUGGGUGACCCCACCUCAGACAAGGGGACCCCAACAUCUUCGGAGACAUGAAAAAAAAAAAAAAAAAAA